AUGAAAAACAAUGACAAAGCCAUUGAGUUAUUGAAUAAAUCCAUAAACGAUUACUCGGGUUAUCUCUACGAGAAUUAUGUCCAUAUAAGAGGUUUUGCUGUAUUAAGGGAGCUGGGUGCUUGUAAUGGGCAACAGGGCGCUGAUGACCACAAUUUUUAUACGAUUAAAAUUGAUCAUUUGCCGAUCGACGAGUCCAUACGCCUUGCGGGCGAUGUUUUUGAACAUGUCAUGAGAAAUAACGGCAUAGAGGAGGCGUUGGGCACUAUUGAGCCCUAUUGUGACAAAAGUAUUUACCACUGUUUCGUUAGGACCUUCUAUCUUAUACUGAUCGCAUUAACAACUAUGGAAAAGGACGAUGUUCAAAAAGCCCACAAAGGAAUUGAGGAUAUGGUUAAACUGAUGGAACUACACUCCGAGUUAGUACAUUCGUAUGGAUACGCGUGCAGUGCCGUAGUGUUGGGCAUUGAAACCCAUAGUGUAUUCUCAUUAAUACGAGUCGCGUAUAGAUUGCAAAAGUUUGUCAACAAUUUUCGAUAUUGCAAAGUAAUACUGAGAACCCGUUCCCAAUGGGAGAGCGAGUCGUCGCGACUUAACUACGAGGCGGCCGUACGCCUGGCCAAUGGGGUCUCCCAUUUGGUGAUUAGUAACGUACCGCCGAAAAUACUACGAGUCAUCAACUUCUUGGGCAUCAAAGGGGUCGAGAGGAUCGGAUGGUCUAACCUGAAUAGAGCCGCUUUUGAAUUACCCGGAUUAUCUAGUCAAUUAGCUAGGUUGGCCCGUAUAAUAUACUGGUGCUACAUUGAGCCGCACGGAUGUCUCGGUCCUAUUAACUAUGACAUAUGCAAAGAGAUACUCGAUAAGGAGCUCGAAAAAUACCCUCAAAACCUGCUUUUGAACAUGUUCAGGGCAAAACUGGUACAAUUAAGCGGCCAAAUAGAGACCGCCAUUAGCAUGUAUAACCGGAUGAUGGCCGACACGGGAAUGACCUACUUGCGAUUCAUAUACUUUGAGCUCAUGUGGUGCUAUGGGCUGGUGGGCAACUGGGAUCAGUGUGUGGAGUACGCACAUAAGUUUCGCACCGGUAGCUUAUUUUCGCCGGCAAUCGCCACUUACAUGGAGGCGAUCUUUCGGUACACAAGAGCUGUCGAGAUAAAUGACUCCGAUGAGAAACAUAGGGCCACCAAACUGUUUGAAGUGGUACCUGGGUUACGGAUUAGACACGUGGGCAAAACCAUUACACCGGAAAAGAUGGCAAUCGUUAGAUCCGAGAAAUACAUGAAAUGCGAUGAAAUGCUUAUAUUGCCUGACGUGAGGGAACAAGCUGAAAGCGAUUAUAUCGACAAUUAUUUGAUGGCCAAAUAUUUUCAGGGUGUUAUUUGGAGAUUAAUGGGUGAAUACGAAAAGGCCAGUAAAUGUAUAGAGGUUAUUUUUGAAAAUGACGGACGCAUUGGCCGCGAGUACUCACUGCCGGCUCAGGCGGCUCUGGAAAUGGGUUUAAUUGAAUACGAGUUGAAAAACCACGAAAAAGCCAUUGAAUUACUCAACAAAUGUAUUAAUGAGUACUCGGGUUAUCUCAGCGAAAACAUAGUCCACGUCCGGGCGUUUGCGGCGCUCCGGGAGUUAGGCGUCGGUAAUGAGAAACUGGGCGAAGAUGAGACCAAACUGGAGGAAUAUAAGAAGCAAUGGCUAAAAGACAUCAAAAUUGAUCGUAAAAAAUAUGACCAACUCUUGGAAACUGAGGAGAAAACUAUAAACAUUAAUGUUUACAGUAUAUCAGAGUUGGCCAGACAUUAUUUAUUUAUCGAUCAUUUGCCAAUCGACGAGUCCAUACGUCUUACGGGCGAUAUCUUUGAACAUGUCAUGAAAACUAACGGUAUAGAGGAGGGGUUGGUCACCAUUGAGCCCUAUUGUGACAAAAGACGAUGUUCAAAAAGCCAACAAAGGAAUUGA